AACCAAGCCUUGAAAGACUUUGAAACUGGAAGUAUCUGUUUAUACAACAUAAGUAAAGGAGGAGUAAGGAAGAGGCAACCUUAGCUCUGAGAUACAGUAUUGUGUUCCUAGGAACUGGGGGAGAUAGGAGCUGAACAAAGCCUUAUCUUAAAAAAAAAGAAAAAAAAAACUUCGGAGCAAGAUUGCAUCUCUGCCUUGCACUUUCCAGUUUCUGUUCAGUCUAAUUCAGGGCAGGAAAGGAGUCCUACGGGAGCGGAAUCUUAUCUUAAUCAUCUUUCUUAUUGAUUCUUCCGCUAUUAGAAAGUAAAGGAAUCAGACCUUUGAUGUGAUUGUGUUUAUCUCUGCAUCUCUUUUGUUAUUUAUAGAGACUUAGAAGAAAGGGGAUGAAAGGCACGAGACUUUAACCUUAAAAAAAAAUAAAACAAAAAAACGAAUCCCCCAAAAUGUUUGAGAACAAUUAAAAGGAAAAGGCGUUUUUUGAUCUAUCACCUAAGUGAACAGUCAUUUCUAUCAUCCACAUCCUGAGAUUUAUCGUCCCUCGCUGUGGACACCAGCGAGAUGACAGCUGCUUUUUCAUUUUUGAAUGUAAGAAGUAUUUACUCCUUUUAAUACACUUCGGAAUUUCUCCCCGAUAUUCUCUGGAAUUUUAACUCUAAAAGAUUGGAGAAAAGAGUACCAGAAAAGCUUGUGCAAGCCUCCAAAAUGAUGCUGAGUCCGGACCAAGCCGCCGACUCGGACCACCCCAGCUCGGCACACUCGGACCCGGAGUCGCUGGGCGGCGGGGACGCCAAGGUGCUGGGCAGCGUGUCGGACCUGGAGCCGGUGGAGGAGGCCGAGGCCGACGGCAAGAGCGGCAGCCGCGCCGCGCUCUACCCGCACCCGCAGCAGCUGAGCCGCGAGGAGAAGCGCCGGCGCCGGCGCGCCACGGCCAAGUACCGCUCGGCGCACGCCACCCGCGAGCGCAUCCGCGUGGAGGCCUUCAACCUGGCCUUCGCCGAGCUGCGAAAGCUGCUGCCCACGCUGCCCCCAGACAAGAAGCUCUCCAAGAUCGAGAUCCUGCGUCUGGCCAUCUGCUACAUCUCCUAUCUCAACCACGUCCUGGACGUGUAGGGCCGUGGGCCGGCGCCCCGCCAGGCCGCCCGCCAGUCGGGGAAAGGCUGGGGACCGGCGGCGGCGGCCAGAGAGACGUGGGCGGGGGCAGAAACUCGACCUGUGUCCUUUCUGGUCAAAGGGGCGACGCGGGAAGCUUCCCGCCUCUGCA